AUGUUGGUUGCUGGUCUGGAGAUGCAUAGGAUGCCAGUGCCAAUUGGAGGAGCUGAUACUAGGGUCUGGAUGCGGGAAUUGACUGGAGAGUUCAGUGUAAAGUCUGCUACCUCCCUUGUUCGGCAGAAGUAUCCUAAUCUGGAAGGUGCGCAGCUGCUUUGGAGAAAGGAAGUUCAUCCAGUUCUGGCGGCUCAAAACUGGAAAUUUUUAUGGGGGGUUUGUGCUACUUAUGACCUUAUCAAGAGCAGGUUCAAAAUCCAUCUUGCUAAUAAGUGUUGCCUGUGUGGUAUUGAUGAGGAGACUCUUGUUCAUGUGUUGUAUAAUUGCAGUUUUGCUCCUAAUGCUAACCUUGUUGUUUCUUUUAAAGCAGCCAAAAGCAGGAGCCAAAUGGUGCGUGAUCUUUGGCUUGUCGCCAAUCUGGUCCUAAGGUCUGAGCUUUGGCAGGUGCGGAAUAAGGCAGUCUUUGAGGAUAAACAGCCUAACUGGAAUGUUUUUCAUAAGCGCGUUUUGAAGCUAAUCCAAGACUAUUCUAUUAGGCUCAAGGGUCAUAUGAAGAAUUGUGCUGAAGAUAUUGUGAUUUUGAAUUACUUCUGUGUUCAUCACCGAAGUGUGAAGUGGCAGCAGCCUGUGGAAUGUUUUUGGCAUCCGCCUGAUGCUAAUGAACUUCAAUUAUGUUGCGAUGGUGCUGCGAGAGGAAAUCCAGGUAUUGCUGGUGCUGGUGUUGUGGCUAGAGAUGCACAUUGUUCAGUUCUUGGUGCUAUGUAUUGGUCUUGGUGUUACGACGAAUUACUUAGCAGAGUUGUAUGGCAUUAUCGUUGGCUUGGAGUGGGCUAUGCAAUGGGAUUUUACUCGUAUUUUUGUGCGGUCAGAUUCUAUGGAAGUGGUAGAAGCUAUCAAAAAUAA